GUGGGCCGAUUCCCUUUUCUUCCCCAGUCCACCUUCAUCUCGCCGCAGUUCGAGUGUUGGACUCGACGAGUUCCUUCUCUUGGCACUUCACGGCGUCUCCGUCCCCUCUCCUCCCAGAUCUCCGGCGCUCCCAAACCCCAACCUCCCAGAUGCCAGAGAUGGAGGAGUCCGCACAGCCAAAGCCCGCUGACCCAUCGGAGCCGGAGCACCCCAACGGCGCAGGGGAGCCGGUGCUGGAGCCGGAGCCGGUGUCGCCCGACGCGGAGGCGCCUUCGGCUGCGGAGGAGGUGGCGGUAGUAGAAGAAGAGGCUCCGACGAGAUCGGCGUCAGCCAAGGACGCGGAGACGAAUGCGGAGGGCUGGCGACCCUACACCAUGGGGGAGCUGCUAGGGGAGGCCGCGGAGGCCGCCGCCGCCGGGAGAUCCGCGUUCGCGGAGGAGAAUGGGGUUGGAUCUGCCGCGGCCGACGGCUCCAGCCAGGACAACCUGCGGCUCUCAUCCAAUAAUGAUGUUGCCAUGGACUUGAUAAAUAGUGUCACCGGAGUUGAUGAGGAAGGCCGCUCUCGACAACGUAUUCUUACCUUUGCCGCUAAAAGAUAUAUUAGUGCCAUUGAAAGAAACCCAGAAGAUCCUGAUGCAUAUUAUAACUGGGCCCUAGUCCUCCAGGAAAGUGCGGACAACGUGGAUCCUGAUUCUGAUUCUUCGAAAGAUUCAUUACUUGAGGAGGCUUGCAAGAAGUAUGGUGAAGCGACACGACUUUGCCCAACACUGUAUGAUGCAUAUUACAACUGGGCUAUUGCAAUCGCUGACCGGGCCAAAAUGCGUGGACGUACCAAAGAGGCUGAAGAAUUAUGGCAUCAGGCUAUAAUGAACUACGAUAAGGCAGUCCAGUUAAGUUGGAACAGCCCCCAGGCCCUCAACAAUUGGGGACUUGGACUACAGGAAUUGAGUGCGAUUGUUCCUGCUCGAGAUAAACAAUCAAUCAUAAAAACAGCUAUAAAUAAGUUUCGUUCUGCCAUCCGGUUGCAGUUUGAUUUCCACCGGGCUAUUUACAAUCUUGGAACUGUCCUGUAUGGCUUAGCAGAGGAUACCUCGAGGUCUGGGGGUCCAGAUGCCUCUCCUAGUGACCUGUACAGUCAGUCUGCUAUUUAUGUCGCAGCUGCUCAUGCAUUGAAGCCAAACUAUUCGGUUUAUCGCAGUGCUCUUCGAUUAGUCCGCUCAAUGCUGCCUUUGCCAUAUUUAAAAGUGGGAUAUUUGACUGCCCCUCCAGCAGACGAUCCCAUUGCGCCGCAUAAGCAUUGGGAGAGGUCACAGUUUAUCUUAAACCAUGAGGAACUCCAGCAGGCCAAUGCCUCAGAAAGCUCUCCACGCAAGUCGCUUGGGCAUGUGGAGAAAAGCAAACGAUUUAUUAAAGUAAAUGUCGUGGACAUAGUUUCAGUGUCCACUUGCUCUGAUCUAACGCUGCCGCCUGGUGCUGGUCUCUGUAUAAAUACAACCCAUGGGCCUGUGUACUUGGUUGCUGAUACCUGGGAAUCUCUCGAUGGUUGGCUAGAUGCUAUACGCCUCGUGUACACCAUAUUUGCAAGAGGGAAGAGUGAUGUCCUGGCGGGGAUCAUCACUGGUUGAUGUCUCGUUUGUAUCUGGGUUACUGUGCAGAGUGACAAUACUAUAUCCGGCAAUCUUGUCAAUUCAACCAACCCACAGUUGAUGUUUUCAUGUAUCUCCUUUGACUGCUCCGAUGUGAUUCUUUUGGUUUUGUUUCACAGCUUCUGUAGAGUAAAAGUAUUUACCAUCCCAAUUAUAGGCGACACACCGUUCUGUCUUUGUAAAACAUGCCCGUGACCGUGAUGCCAUGACACCUCCUUAUUACAGUUGUGGUAUGGAAGUUCUACCUUGUGCUGCAUUAUACCAGAAAAGAAACCGCACAUUGUAUAGCAGCGUCUGA